AAAUACAAGAUUGACAUUAUGGGAGAUGUGAUUGAAAUCGAGGGGCCAGCAUUCGCUGAAUCGAUUUCGGAAGGCGAUAUUAGAUGGAUAAAAAAGAAAGGAGAUUUUGUUAGAGAAGAUGAAGUGGUAGCAGAAAUUGAGACGGAUAAGACUGCUGUUGAGGUGCCUUCUCCUCAUUCUGGAACUAUUGUGGAACUGCUUGUUGCUGAUGGAAGUAAAGUGACUGCUAAACAGAAGCUGUACAAGCUAGAACUGGGCGAUGCGCCAGCAGAGGAUGUGAAACAGAAGAAACCAGUGGAAACUGUUCAGAAAGAAGAUCCAUCCUCACCGGUAGAAUCUAUUGCUUUUUAUCUUCCAUUUAUUUCAGGUACAAUACCUUCUUCAAUGCCACCAAUUCCUGAACUACCAAAGAAACCAAUUAGCUCUAUACCAACAUCCGAAAUAAAGAUUUCUCCUUUAAAAAUUCCUUCUGGUGUGUCGAAAGAAUCCGCUAUAACAGGGAUACGAAAUGAAACGAGAGUGAAAAUGAAUCGAAUGCGUUUAAGAAUUGCUCAGCGCUUAAAAGAAGCUCAAAAUACUUAUGCAAUGCUGACGACGUUUAAUGAAAUCGAUAUGUCAAGUGUUAUUGAAAUGCGAUCUCGUUAUCAAAAAGAUUUCACAGCAAAACAUGGUAUUAAGCUUGGGCUUAUGUCACCAUUUAUUCGUGCUGCGGCAUAUGCUUUACAGGAAACUCCUUCUGUUAACGCUGUCAUCGAUGAAGAUGAAAUUAUUUAUCGGCAUUACAUUGAUAUAUCUAUCGCUGUUGCCACUCCUAAAGGCUUGGUGGUGCCUGUUUUACGUGACGUUCAAGAUAUGGAUUAUGGUACCAUUGAACUAAUGCUAAAUGAUCUUGGCGUAAAGGCUCGAGAUGGAAAACUAGCGAUUGAAGACAUGGAAGGAGGCACUUUUACUAUAAGUAAUGGUGGAGUUUUUGGCUCACUGUUUGGUACACCAAUAAUAAACCCACCUCAAUCAUCCAUACUUGGUAUGCAUAGCAUAGUAGAUCGACCUGUAGCAGUGAAUGGUAAAGUGGAGAUUCGACCGAUGAUGAUUGUGGCUCUCACUUAUGACCACAGGUUAAUCGAUGGAAGGGAAGCAGUGACCUUUUUGAGAAAAAUAAAAACGUGCGUUGAAGAUCCUCGAACAAUUCUAAUGAAUUUGUGA